AUGCUCGUUCCGUUCUUCAUUGCUGCUAUUGCGGCUAUCCCUGCCGUACAGGCCCAGGAUGUCACUGCCUCCGUCACUCGAUGCACAACUCGCUUUGGCAUGUUCCCUGCACCUACCGGAGCCUCACUCGACACCUGGUACAACUAUGCGACUACCACCAACAGCUUCGCGGUGACAAGCACCACUCAGGAGACCACUACCGUUACUCCUUCAGCAACUACCUUCACCGAUGUCGUCAACAUCACUUCCACAUUCUUCACUACCUCGACGUCCGUACCGGCCGCGGUCGUAGUCCCUACAGCAGCUGGCUUUUUCCCGCUCCUUACCGCCAUGGCCACCCCCGCUGCCACCCCCAUGGGCCGCUACAAGCGUGCUCUCAUCGGAUCUCGCUCGGAGCACAUCCACAAGGUCAAGCGCCAGACCGCGCCCGGCAACACUGCAGGCUUCAUCGUGUCUGCUGAUGGCAGCACUUCCAACCUCAACCGCAUCUACCCUCAGCGAGUCGUCUGCCGUGUUGCAGUUACCGUUAACAGCACUGCGACCACCAUCGUUACCGGCCUGCCCAAGACGGAGGUUCUGGUUCCGGCUACUGCUACUGCUGUUAGCACCGCGACGUUCAGUGUCACCGAGACAAUCAUCGAGGUUGUGGCUCGUCCUACCACCUAUGCAGCCUGUGAGGCCAACAACGUUGUCUCUCAUGUCCCCGGCUUCGACAACGAGCAAAUCUACUUCGACCGCAUCGUCUUCCGCCCGACCGAAGGAUUCCCCGCCGCCAACAGCCUCGUAGUCAACACGACAUCUGCCAUCAACUGCUGCAUUGCAUGCCAGAACCAGCCUUUCUGCGCUGGUUCCUUCUACGCACCUUCGCGCCAAGCGUGCCACCUGCAGCUGACCCAGGCAGCGCCCGCGCCCGCGCCUCCCUCGCUGCCAGCCUCCAACUCCAGCCUGCUCAUCGCCGCGGCCUCAGGCGCGCCCUACCCGAUUCCCGGAAACGAGACGGUGAUACUGUACGCAACCGCCAGCGGCAUGGCGCCCUCGGGUCUCUCGACCAUGGUGCCCAUCGCAACGCCCAUCUCGGACGGCGGUAUGAGCAUCCAGCCCAUCUCGGAGCCAGCCAGCACCGGCACGCCCUCGAACCCGGGUAGCGGAACCUGCUCCAUCGGCUCGCUGAGCCUGUACCUGGGCGUUGCGCGGGGCCAGAAGGAUUUCCCAGAGGACGUGGCGCUCAGCUUCUCCAACGGGCCGUGUGGUCGCAUGAGCAUCGAUUUCGAGGCUGUUACGCCCGAGACGAACGAUGUGAUUGCUAGGCGCAUGAUUAGCAUCUAA